AUGUACUGCGAGAAGUGGAGCUCUGUGGUGGAGAUGUGUCUCUUCCUUGAAGACCUGCGGGAGGGCUCCUGCAUCCUCUGCCUCAGCUCCAGGGCGUUUGUGGAAGAUUGGAAAUUGUGCAGUUUGGGAUUAAAAGGCUACUACAUUGAAGACGAUGGGAACAGUGCAGGAGAGCAAGCUACAGAAGAGGAAGAAGGCGGUCGUUCCCAGGGCACUGCAGAGUCACGUGACAGCAAAGACGUAGGCCCAGAUGAAAGUGAACUAGAUUCUGAGGCUGAACUCAUGCGAAGUAUAGGACUGCCACUUCAAUUUGGUAGGGUGUCUGCACAUAAGAAUUUUGAGGUAUCUAUGAGUACUAGAAACAAAGUUAAAAGAAAAAGAAAAAAAAAACAUCAAAAGAAGUACUUAGAUGAAAUUAAGAGAGAAUCUUGGAGACAAGAAUGUGAGGAAGAUGACAUUUUGGCUUCAGAUGAUCCAUCUUCAUCUGAGAAUGAGAACACCAGAAGGUAUAAACUUCGAACCAAAAAAGAUAUUGAAGGUGAGAAUCUUCCUGCUGAAAAUACAUUAUCUCCAAAGCUGGAAAUUACGGAGCUCUGGGAGAAGUACUGGAAGGAAUACGGGGGGGAACUGCUGUGGCAAAGCUGGCAAGAAAAGCAUACAGGUCAGACACUGUGCUCAGAACCCUGGAACAUCCCUAAUACAAAGGAGGAAUGGGAACAGCAUUAUAGCCAGCUGUAUUGGUAUUAUUUGGAAUAGUUUCAGUAUUGGGAAGCUCAGGGUUGGACUUUUGAUGCUUCACAAAGCUGUGAUACAGAUACUUGUGGGUCUAAAACAGUAGUUGACAACAAGAAAGAUGAAAAUCGCACGAAAGCAGAUGAACCUUCUUCUCCAUCUUCAUCAGUGGGUAGCGAAAGCUCUAGUUCAAGUGAUAAAGAUCAUAAUGAAAUUCUUCAUGGACUUAGUAAUAUAAGUCUGAAUUCAGAGGAAGUAGAACAGAGCCGAUUAGAUCCCUCUGUGAGUUGUGAUGGACAUCAGUGUUUAAGUGAAGUUAAGAGCAGAAGAGAAUGCCUUGCUUCAGGCCAAAGUGAAUCAUGUAAUGGAGGAACCAAGGAAAGCAGCUUGUCUGGGAACAGAAGCACAAGCCAACCAGCUCAGGAUUCACAAGAGUCAUCAGAAGCAAACACCAUCAAAGACAGACCAUGCCUCAUCGGCACUGAUGGAGAUGAGAGUGGCGAAGAUCCACCUGAACAGAAGCCAAGCAAACUCAAGAGGAGCCAUGAACUGGACAUCGAUGAAAACCCGGAUUCAGACUUUGAUGUCGACGGUUCCCUUCUAGGAUUCAAGCAUGGCUCAGGACAAAAAUAUAGUAGAAUUUCAAAUUUCAGUCACCGGCGGGUCAGGUAUGUACACAAGAAUGUGAAGUACAAGUCAAAGUACUUGGACAUGAGAAGACAAAUCAAUAUGAAAAACAAACACAUCUUCUUCACUGAAGAGCCAGGAAAAACUCUUUUCAAGAAAAGCAAAACUUGGAGUAAGGUAGAAAAAUUCCUAAAAUGGGUUAAUGAACCAAUGGAUGAGAAAGCAUCACAGGAGUCAGUUUCUCAUAACAACAUGCAAGAUACUUGCACAAGCAGUGGUUCAGAGGAACAAGAAGUGUCUGUUGAAAAAGGGGAUGACCCACCGGAGACAAGUGAGCUAGAACCUGGAAAGCGUCGUGCCAUGUCUCCAGCUGGGGAAGUGGGAACAGAGAAAACUGACAGGGACAGCACAGAAGCAGCAGUGACAGAUGAGGGGGACUGCCCCGCCCAGGCUGCACCAGACCGCCUUCAGGUAGAAGCCGAAGCGAAAGUGAAGAAGAAUAAAAGCAAGAACAGAAAGGGAAUUGGUCUGCCUCCUGAGAUCACUGCUGUGCCUGAGCUGGCAAAGUACUGGGCCCAGAGAUACAGGCUCUUCUCCCGCUUUGACGAUGGGAUUAUUAGAGAGGGCUGGUUUUCAGUUACACCCGAGAAGAUCGCUGAGCACAUUGCCGGCAGGGUCAGCCAGUCCUUCUAGUGUGACACCAUAGUUGACGCAUUUUGUGGCAUUGGAGGAAAUACCAUUCAGUUUGCCUUAACAGGAAAGAGAGUGAUCACCGUUGAUAUUGAUCCUGUUAAGAUCGAUCUUGCUUGCAAUAAUGCAGAAAUUUAUGGGGUAGCAGACAAGAUUGAGUUCAUUUGUGGAGAUUUCCUGCAGCUGGCUUCUCGUUUAAAGGUUGAUGUCGUGUUUCUCAGCCCUCCUUGGGGAGGACCAGACUACACCACUGCCGAGAUCUUCGACAUCAGCACCAUGAUGUCUCCUGAUGGCUUUGAAAUUUUCAGACUUUCCCAGAAGAUCACUAAUAAUAGCAUUUAUUUUCUUCCAAGAAAUGCUAAUAUCGACCAGGUGGCAUCCUUGGCUGGGCCUGGAGGGCAAGUGGAAAUAGAACAAAACUUUCUUAAUAAUAGAUUGAAGACAAUCACUGCUUAUUUGGGGGAACUGAUCCGCAGAUCAGCCUCUGAAUCAUAAGUGAGGUGGUAUAGAGACCAAAAGAUCAUAGCGGUCAGAACACUAUUCACUUGGAAUUUCUUCUCUGUAUUCACUGAUACUUUGUACCCACAGUCAAAUGGGUAUUUGUACCCUAAAACACUUUUUCCCCACAUUGAUGGAGUACCAUCCGGAAUUUGCUUUUAA